UUGUAGCAGUACGUCAUGACGUCGCCGCUCGCUUGCGUCUCAAUGACGCUGAAGUGUAGGAUGUAGCACAGGACGUGGCUAUCAAGCUCCUAGCUACACUGGGACGUCUGAAAAAACACAGAAUUCGUCAUAAAGAACUAGUUUAAUACACGCUUAGCAGGGAGGCCAUUUUACCAGAUGUGACGUAUCAGCAAAACAUCAGGACCUGAAUGGAAACAUUUGAGGGCUUUUGUGCGUGAGGAGGUUGUGGGUAAUGUACCAUGGGGUACGACGUUACGAGGUUUCAAGGGGAGGUGGAUGAAGACCUGUUGUGUCCAAUAUGUAGUGGAGUGUUAGAAGAACCAGUGCAGGCUCCACACUGUGAACAUGCCUUCUGCAAUGCCUGUAUAACGCAGUGGUUUGCCCAGCAGCAGAUUUGUCCUGUUGACCGCACAGUAGUGACGCUGGCUCACCUCCGUCCUGUGCCCCGCAUUAUGCGCAACAUGUUGUCCAAACUUCAGAUCAGCUGUGAUAAUGCGAGCUUUGGUUGCACAGCCACACUGCGGUUGGACCAGCUGCAGUCACAUCUCAAGGACUGUGAGCACAACCCCAAAAGGCCUGUCAACUGUGAGGAGGGAUGUGGGCUUGAAAUGCCCAAAGAUGAGUUGCCCAAUCAUAACUGUAUUAAACACUUGCGGAGCGUUGUCCAGCAGCAGCAAACUAAAAUUUCAGAGCUGGAAAAAACUGUAGCAGAACAUAAACACCAGCUGGGGGAACAAAAACGAGACAUUCAGCUGCUAAAAGCCUACAUGAGAGCAAUUCGCAGUGCAAACCCGAACUUGCAAAACCUUGAGGAGAGCAUCGAGUACAAUGAGAUACUUGAGUGGGUAAACUCCAUGCAGCCUGCUAGAGUGACACGCUGGGGUGGCAUGAUCUCCACUCCUGAUGCUGUCCUCCAAGCAGUCAUCAAGCGCUCCCUCAUUGACAGCGGCUGUCCUCUCUCGAUUGUAAACGACCUGAUCGAAAACGCCCACGAGCGUAAUUGGCCGCAGGGACUGGCCACUCUCGAGACGCGGCAGAUGAACAGGCGCUACUAUGAGAACUACGUUGCCAAGCGUAUCCCUGGCAAGCAGGCAGUGGUGGUGAUGGCCUGUGAGAAUCAGCAUAUGGGGGAGGAUAUGAUCCUGGAGCCCGGCCUGGUUAUGAUCUUUGCGCACGGAGUCGAGGAGAUCUUAUAACUGUGCAGCUAGCUGAACUGAUCCAGCGACGAGUAGGGACGUUUUGCUUUGGGGGUUUGCUGUGAUGAGUAUGAUUUCUCUCUUUGGAGUGAAACCUUUUGAAUAAAUCUGGCUUAUUUAAAGUAAACUCUUAGGCUUACUCCUAAGCUUGAUACCUAUGCCUUAAAGUAAGGACAAAUGCUUAUCGAACCUGGCAAAUAUAAACUUAAACUGACUGAUAUCUAAGAUAAAAGAUGAGAUGUGAUGUUUACAAGGUUUAUAUUUAGUGCAUUAUCUGAUCUGAUUGUUCUGCUCCAUGUCCUGAUAGAGUAAUAAGCCCAAACCCCAGUUUAAUGUGCUCUGUUGUAUAAAUGCUUGUAAAUAGAAAUACUAUAUUGAAUUAUAAAUGUUAUACUCCUCACUGUAAUUAGAUUGUGAUUUUCUGUUUUUGUUAAUCUCAGUUCUCUUUAGUCAGCUUGUCUUACUGUCUACAGGGACGUGCUUGCUUUAGUAUUUAGUUUCCUGUGAAUAUUCCCAGAGACAUUGUGCUUCUCAGUUUAGAUUGUUCAGACCUUCCGUGCCAUUUGUUUUAUUUAUUGUGUUGCCUUUCACACAAACAUGCUUGAAGAUGUUAUGAUGUGACAUUUGGAGCUCUGCCUUUAUCGGUGCAUUUGAAGUUCACUGCAGAAAGAAAUUGAUUUUGUGUUCUAUCUGUUUGUUGCCUCAGUUGUACAUAUAGUCUGUAUGUUGGGUCCAGUGAAAGUUUUAAAGUUUGGGAUAUGACUAUGUAUAAUGAGCUUUGAAAAAGUGUUGUGGCUCAUUUCUGAUUUAAAUAUAGACAUUUACAUUAUAGACAUCUUUUCAUUAUUCACAGUUGGCUAACAUUGUCACUGAAAUGCCACUAAAACCAGACACAGCUUGGAGAUUGUACCAGUAUUUGUAAAGUCACUUUUAAGGCUUUCAAGAGGAGAAAUGCUUUGCCAUUAGUCACUCAUUGCUGUAGUAAGACGAGCAAAAAAAGCUGUUGUUAUAGAAACCCACACAAGUGGAUGAUUCCCUUUACUAUUUUCCUUGUUAUUGUUUUUGUUAUGUGUCUGUUAUGUACCAUGUUGUACAGACAAGGUAAUAAAAUGUAAAAUCUG